AACACAAUUGGCCAUGAUUGAGAUGGGGGGAAACUUAUUGCGUUUGUACUAGUGAUACUACGGUAGCAUCCAAGGGGUGUACACACGAUGCGUUGAUAUAGGUAGCUGGUUCUCCGUGUAAAUCAGUUGUGUGCUGACUUCUAUUUUAUAUUUUUGGGGUGUGGGAGGAAGAAUGAAAGACGUCUUCCACCAAAACGGACGAAAUCAUGAACAGCGCGGUAUACAUUUCGUUUUUUCAAGGUCAGUUGGAAUCUGCACUAGAGCAAGUAGUGCAACUCGCAGUCCAGGAAAUAACGAAGAGUGUUGGGUCAAGCUUGAAUUCUAUGUUAAUGAAAACGGCCGUCAAAGAACAAGAAAACCAAAGACUUAAGUUAAGGCUUCAAUCACUGGAGUUUGAACGUAAUGGGGUAGAAAAUGGAGCCGCGUUCAACGGUGGCAGGGAAGACAACGCGGCCACGGAUCGAACAAAGCCCGAGACACACACCUUCAGCCACAGCACAGAGCGCGGCGUGCAUGCAAACACUCAAAGACUGGAUCAAAAAGGACGAGUAGUGGGUCAGCUAAAGAUGGUCAUGGAGCAUGUGCUGGAGUUUGCUGUGUGCGAACUGACCAAAAUCGUGGAGGCCAGUUUCGAUGAUCUGCUCCUGGAGAUGACCAAGAAAGAGCGGGAGCACAGCACUCUGGAGGAGCAGUUGCGCCGCGUGGCUCACCAGGAGAACGGGAAGGGCGGGGUGUCGAGGAGGAGUGGGUCGGAAAACAACACAGCGUUCCCCAGUGGCUCAGAGGACACCCGGCAGGAAUCCAGAAACGUCACAGUCAAAAUUGUCCGGGAACAAAGGGAGCAAACGGAGACAAUAAAUGACAGUGACAAUCAGGCUGUCUUGACUGUAGCCCAAGACUGGGUCCCCAUCCUGGACAAGGUUUUUGGGCAGAAGUGGUGCAGCGACCUGUGGCAGAUCAAAGAGCUGGCUUCAGGGAAGGGGGGCGAGGAGAGGACCGGGGGAUCUGGGCUGGGGAUUGUGGGCUCCUUCCCCAGUCUGAACGCCCUGAUCCGUGAGAACCUGGAGCCCUCCCCCACCAGCCUCCUGCAGGACCCCCAGUGGAUGCCUCUGGAGGACAUGGAGGUCCUCUCCUCGACCUUGGACACUCCGCAAGACCUUCCUGCUACCAUAAGCACCACAGCCACGGCUGAGGUGUCCCUCAGGUCUCCGUCGAUGCUUCACCGGCUCCUCACACUCCCCGCUCAGCUCCUAGAGGAGGACGAGGACGAGAACGCCAUGGAAACCAUCCCCCUGCUCCCCGAAGCUUCACCUGGCAGAGCAGCUGUGCGCCGGCAAAACACAGAAUCGCCUAACCAGAGCUGCCCAUCUCCUCCCAUGAAAAAGGUUGCUGUUUCACAGGAGGAGGUGGAGGAGGAUGAAGACAAAGGGACGACGACGCUGGACUCAAAGGUGAAGACCGUGCCUCUCAAAGGCAGGAAGGCUCACGAGUGUAAAGAAUGCGGCAAGAAGUUCAGCCGGGUGCUGCUCCUGAAAGCUCACCAACAGACUCAUAUCACCACAGCACUGGCGACGACGCCAGCGAUUUGCUGCUCGGAGUGCGGGAAACGCUUCUCCCAGGCAUCCCGGUUACAGGCGCACCUACGAACACACACCGGGAAAAAGUCCUGAGCAGAUAGAAAAGGGAAUGGGAAGAUUGAAGUAGAAAAAUGAGAAUUGGAAUCGAAAAGUCGAUCUUCAGUCCAUAUCACAAAUAGCCGUAUCAGUAGCAGGAUGGUCACCGGAAUUCGUAUUCAUACAUUUGAGUUCACUUUAAGUACCUUACAAGUUGGGAAUCAGAGGCAUUUUUUCAUGUUGCUGAUUUGAAGGUACCGUUUUGCUGACUGCUGUAUGUUUCUUAAUUGUUACCAACAUUUUUAUUUCUUACAUGUGUCAACAAGGUAAAUACUUUGUAGUCUUGGGAUUGGAUCUCGCUGGUAGUCGUGGUUAAUAAGUAUUGCCAGUGUACAUUCUGUAUAGCAUGGGACAGUGUUGCUCACAACAAGCAAUGAAGUGACCUUUUUUAAGUGCUCUUUUUAUUUUUCUCAAUAUACUUUUCUACAUUUUUGGAAUAUCAAACUGGUCUCUUUGUGGUUUAUUAUUUCACAUCAAGGUUAUUAGCCACACCAGAGGCCAGAAUCUUGGCUUUUGUGGACUGCAACUUCAAUAAACAUUACACUAAUUUGUA